UUAAUUUUCUUAAACAUAAAUUACAAAAAAAAAAAGAAUUCAUUUCUUUUGAAUUUUUUCAAGAUUUGACAUUCUAAAUAAGAGUUUAAUGGUUUGUCAUUUUGCUUUCAUAUAAUGGAAAAUACUAUUUCUCUUCCCCAUUUACUAUUUAGAGUAAAUUUGCAUGUUAAAUAUGAUGAUAUGAGAUUAGAGAAAAAUAGGGUUUACAAUGGUUGGGUCAACUUGGGUAAGGGAAAGGGCCUUCUCCUGUAUCCCUUUUGAUACGGAUCCAAUAGGGCAAAUUUCUAACAAUGGUGUGGAGCAAACUUAUGUCAUUCAAAUGGAUCUAAAACGAGUUCAAAAUCAUAUUGAUAGAGCAUAAUUUAGUUCAUUUUAUAUUAAUGUUAUUGAUAAAUAUUUACAUGAUUUCUGCUUAAUUUAUUAUUUUUAAUAUCAUUUUGCAGAAAAUGGUGUAAAAGGAUAUUUUGGAGAAAAUCCCUCUAAAACUGUCUUAUUUGGAGAAAAAGAGAGCAAGCCUGUCAAGUUGGAUUCAAAACGAGCUAAACGGAGAAAAAUAUUUUGAAGCUGAAAUAUUGACGCAAAUGGGCCUCGAACAUAUGGAUCACUCACGCCCAAAUGGCCAAGCUCAAUUCUUGCGCGAGGACAGCCCACUCCAGCACCCAACACUCACGCGGCCCGCUUCUCCAAAUUCACUUCACGUGGACCACAUUCCCACUUCACCCAUUCUUGCACAAUGGCCCAACGUCACCACUCCAGCACAUGGUCCCGCCAAGGCAUAUGGACCAAGCAGCGGACAGCACAUGGACCUUUCACUUGCAACAUGGCCCGCCACUCAUGCCCCACUUCAACCCACGCAUAUGGACCGCACAGCGUGGGCCCGCGCUUCAUCACUGUCUUCACGUGGACCAUGGACCAGUGCUUUUUCUCAAAGUUCACGCGAACCACUCACACCAAUUCUUCCACUUCAGCGCUCUCACACGUGGACGGCAAAUUCCCAAUUAGGGCGUCUCUCCAGCUCUAUUUAAAGAGCUUUAAGCAGCCAGAACAAGACAUACAAAGACAGAAUUCAAUUCCCCAAAUCGGCGAAUUCCACAGGGAGGCAGAAUUCAAGAUUUCAAUUUCGAUCUGAAAGUAGGGACACACUACCCUUUGAUCCAGAAAUUGAACGCACUCUCAGAAGACUUAGAAAGCAAGCCGCAGAAGCUUCAUCUGAAGCAACCAAAUUUUGCCAACAAGCCGCACCAAUGGCAGAACCUCAAGCACCAGCUGCUGCCCAUGAUGGACAUGCUGUCCAAGGCCAGAUAAUUCAAGAAAAUCCAGCAAAUAGACCACAAGCACAAAGGGAAAGAACCAUGAGGGAGU